AUGUCGGGCGACUCCAAACAAUCAUCCGAUACUCACGGGGAAGAAAGCGACCUACCGGUCUAUAGACCAGAUGGCCGGUCUCUGGGGGUCUCGUUUUCCAACAUUACGGCUGUCGGGGCGAGCGGCUCUUCGCAAACAGUCACCGACCUCCUCAAGAUAUUCACGGACAUUUUGACAUGGCCAGUCAAUACCGGCCGCAAGUUGACAAAAAGCGCCCUUCAAAGCUCGUCGCCUAUCGUCCAGGAUAUCACUGGUGUUCUUUUCCCCGGCGAGACAAUGCUAGUUCUGGGCCGCCCCGGGGCAGGCUGUUCGACGGUCCUUCGGGUCCUUGCCAACCAACACCAAUCAUUCCAAGAAAUACACGGCUCGAUUCAGUAUGCUGGUCUCUCUUCGGCUGAGAUGGGAGAAAGAUAUCGUUCCGAAGUGGUCUACUGCGCUGAGGACGACCUCCAUCUAUCUAUGCUACCUGUCAAAGACACCCUCGACUUCGCCCUGCGCCUUCGCAAACCGAAAAACAUACCCGAAUCUGCGACGCAUUUCUCGAAGCGGAUGAUUCGCCGGAUACUGACAUCGUUGGGAAUGUCUCAUACUCAUGAUACAAUUGUCGGUGACGCAUUUGUUCGCGGUAUUUCAGGAGGGGAGAGGAAGCGUAUUUCUUUGGCAGAAGUGCUGGCUGUCAACCCUGCCAUCGCAUGCUGGGACAAUCCUAUCCGGGGCCUUGACAGCUCCUCCGCAUUGAGCUUCUUAAAACUCCUGCAGGACAUGUCAAGACAAACUGGAAUGUCCAAUGUGGCAACCCUCUACCAGGUCUCCGAGGCCAUGUAUCAAUACUUUGACCGUGUUCUCGUUAUGUAUGAAGGACAGAUGAUCUUUUUUGGACCGGCCUGUCGGGCCAAGCAUUACUUCAUGGAGAUUGGGUUCCAUUGCCCGGAAAGGCAAACCACGGCCGACUUCGUCACGGCGAUCACGUCUACAGUGGAGCGAACCUUCCAGAAAACGUACACUGGUCCUCGUUACGAAACACCUGAGGCCCUGGCCCAGAUUUUUCGCAGCAGCAACGAUUACCGCAUUCUGCAAGAGGAGAUGGUCAGGUACCAUUGGCAGAUUGCAUCCAAUACUUCUAUCAUUAGCAGCUUUCAAUCGGACGUGAACGGAAUACGAUCAAAGUUCAGUCCCAAAUCAGCCAGCGAACCGUCUUCGCUCGGGACCCAGACUCUUGCGGCAUUGCGCAGACAAUACAAACUAACCUGGAAGGAUCGAAGCACGGUGUUCACUGUUUUCGCUCUCAUUAUUGUCAAUUCCGUGAUCAUCGCAUCGGGAUACUACAUGGCACCGAAGACAGCCACAGGAUCAUUCGAGCGAAGCGGAGCGCUUUUCUUCGCGCUGGUUUAUUUCACCCUCAACGCCCUUACUGAGGUCCCAAAAACCAUCCAGUCGCGCGCCAUUCUCCUGAAACAGCGUCGCAUGGGAUACGCCCAUCCAGCUGCCUUGGUAAUUGCUGAGACUCUUGCUGAGAUACCAAUUGCUUUCCUUGAGACAUUAGCCUUUGCCUGUUGCUACUACUUCACCGUUGGGUUGAACAAGACAGCUUCAAGCUUCUGGAUAUUUGUCUUGAUCACUUUCACUCAUCGUGCAUGUAUUUCCUGUCUGUUUCGCCUACUCGGUGCUUGGGCACCGAACCUAAGCACUGGCUUUUUAAUGGGCGGAUGUGCCGUGCCGAUUACUUGCCUCUAUGCGGGAUUUGCGCCUCCUGUGCCGACAAUGCAUCGCUGGGGAUCAUGGAUUCGACGGCUUUCGCCAACACCGUAUGGUGUCGAGGCGUUGAUGGGAAGUGAAUAUUCCGACAUGGCUCUCCAUUGUACAGCCGACGAGCUCGUUCCCCAUGGGUUAGGCUACAAUAAUAUUCGAUAUCAAGGAUGCCCCAUGGCUGGAUCCGUCAAAGGGUCUGCAGAGAUAUCAGGCGAAACGUACCUGACCGCUCAGUACGGAUACAAUGUGGAAUUCCUUUGGCGAGACUUCGGCAUUAUUCUUGUGUUUUGGUUCCUAUACGUGGCCCUGACAGCUUUGGGCCUCAGCAUCAUGACUCGUGAGAAAAGCACGUCCAACGCGCGCGUCUAUCGACGGGGGGCCAAGAGGUACGAACACGGUUCUUCAUCACAAACGACAGACUUGGAGAGCCAGAAGACAACCGCGGUCACAACUCCAGCGGCACCAUCACCAGCAUCGGCAUCCCGCAGUUCCCUCAACACGACAGUAGAAGAGAUACCAAACCAACGUACCGUUUCGCAUUCGAACCAGCGCACUUUUACCUUUCACAAUAUCAAUUACUUCGUCCACUCUGCCGGUAAAGAGCUACAUCUACUGAAUAAUAUCACGGGAUAUGUCAAACCAGGCCAACUAACUGCUCUCAUGGGUGGUUCGGGGGCGGGAAAGACGACGCUGCUGGAAACGAUAUCUUGCCGCAAAGCCGAAGGAAGAACAGAGGGCACCCUUCUAUUCGACGGACGACCACUGGACCAAGGCUUCUCGCGUGCGUGUGGGUUCUGUAUGCAGCAGGAUGUCCACGAGCCGUUGGCCACAGUGCGAGAGACACUACAAUUCUCGGCAUUCUUGCGACAGCCCGCGAAGACCUCUCUCGACGAGAAGGUACAGGAUGUGGAAAAAAUUAUGGAAUUGCUCAAGUUGGAUCCCAUUGCGGAUGCAAUUGUCGGCUCUCUGGGUGUCGAGGAGAGGAAGCGUGUCACCAUCGGUGUUGAACUGUGUGCUCGUCCUUCGGCACUUUUAUUCUUAGAUGAGCCCACCUCUGGUCUAGACAGCCAGGCUGCCUUCUCAAUCGUCGUGUUCCUCCGAAAAAUCGCUGCCCAGGGCAUUCCGAUCGUCUGUACGAUUCACCAACCGUCGAGUGUUAUCUUUGAGAUGUUCGAUCACGCCUUAAUCUUGGCUCCCGGUGGCCGCACUGUCUACUUUGGCGAAACAGGGGAACCGCUCAAUGGCUAUUUUGCCAACCGUGGAGCCAUCAUGGCUCAGCAGGAUAAUCCAGCCGAGUUCGUCAUCACAACCGUGGCCGUAUCGCGCAAUGAGGAGAACGGCACAGACUGGCCGCGCCUUUGGCAGGAGUCUGAACAGUGUCGCGAGGUUAAUGAUCGUGUGCUGGCGAUGGUAGAGAAAGCCUCUUCGGAAUUCAAAUCAGACGAUACUCCCGCAAAGGAAUACGCGCUCCCACUCACGGCCCAGAUAUUCCACCUGACGAAGCGGCAGUGGUUAUCAGUCUGGCGGAACGGACCAUACAACUUCAGCAAGUUGUUCAAGAGUAUCUUCUUUGAGAUGCUGGUUGCGUUUACCUUUUUUAAAGCCGGCCCUGACACCAUGGGAUUGCAAAACCACGCUUUGACAUUCCUUAUCGCGUCAUGGGUCGUUCCCAGCAUUGCAACUGACAUCCAAGAAGUCUGGUUUGAGAAAUGGUCUAUCUUCGAGGCGCGCGAACGCAAUGGCAUUUACGAUUACAAGGCCCUACUGACGGCGCUCAUCGCCGUCGAGACACCCUGGCAGGCGAUAAAUUUCAGCCUCAUUUUCCUGUGCAGCUACUGGACUGUCGGAUUUCCUAGUAGCAGCGCUUCAACCGGCAUGAUUUACUUCAUGUACCUGUUGCUCUCAUUCUUCACUACCGGGUGGUGCUACUGGAUGGCAUCGAUGUUCCCUAACGGCACGAUGGCCGGCUACGCCAAUUCACUCUUCUGGGUUCUCUUUACAUUAUUUGGUGGCAUUGUAGUUCCACGCAAUGCCUUGAAUGACUUUUACCGUCCGUGGAUCACCUGGGCCGAUCCCCUGCGGUACUUCUUCGGUCCAAUGGUUGCUUCCAGCUUACACGGUGUCCGCGCAGUUUGCAACAGAUCCGACCUCGCGAUUUUUGACCCCCCUCCCGGUCAAACGUGUAGCGAGUAUGUCGAAAACUAUAGUAGUUCAAAUCCCGGAUAUUUGCAGAAUCCGGAUGCCAAUGAGUCUUGUGCGUAUUGUCCGUACUCGGUCGGUGAUGACUAUGCGCUCACGAUGGAUUUUUCCUACGAUGACCGCUGGAGGGACUGGGCUGUGUUUUUGGGGUUUUGUUUGACUAAUGUCGUGCUUGUGUUUCUUAUAACGCGGUUGACUCGGGUGCAGAUUCAGCGUCAGAGACGUUGA